AGUAUUUCAAUUAACUUAAUUAAAAUAUGUACUUAAUGUGUUCUUUUAGAUUUGAAAAUUACUUCAGGAUUAACAAGGACUGUUUUCAGGAUGUGCUGAAAGAAAUUUCGCCAAAGUUGAAAAGUGGGCGCCGGUCAUUGGCUCUUAGGCCUGAAAUAAAAUUGGCCACAGCAUUAAGAUUUUUAGCGCAAGGAUCUUAUCAGACCAGUGUCGGAAAUGACUUCAAUAUUUCCAUUACACAACCCACUGUGAGUGUUGUAUUGAAGGAAGUUUUGGAAGCUUGUGAAGCAACAAUCUGUUGUAAGUGGAUUAUGACGGAGGAAGAGAAGAAUUCCGCGAAAGAAUACUUUUUUACAAAUUCCGGAAUUCCUGGUGUGAUAGGUUGUGUUGAUGGAACCCACAUCAAAAUUAUUUCGCCAGGAAGAAACGAUGCAAAUAUGUGUUUCAAUCGUAAAGGAUUUUAUAGUUUAAACGCCAUGGUUGUAUGUGACCACAAAAUGAAAAUAAGGUACUUUGAUGCAAGAUAUGGCGGAUCGGCACAUGACUCCUUAGUGUGGAAUGUAAGCGUGAUGAAACGUUUACUGCAGGAACGGUAUGAUGCAGGAGAACGAAAUUCAUGGCUACUUGGCGAUGCCGGGUAUCCUUUUGAACCAUUUCUAAUGAAAGCAAUUUCAACAGCAAACAUGCAAAGGCAAGAAACAUUGUUGAAAGAACAAUUGGACUGCUUAAAACACGCUUUCGGUGCCUACCGACUUGGAACCAUUUCUAAUGAAAGCAAUUUCAACAGCAAACAUGCAAAGGCAAGAAACAUUGCUGAAAGAACAAUUGGACUGCUUAAAACACGCUUUCGGUGCCUACUAGGAGCCCGUGAGCUGCACUAUAGCCCAAUUAAAGCUGCAGUAAUUGCAAAUGUGUGUGUUGCUCUACACAACAAGUGCAUGGAUUUUGCAGAGGAACACUUGGAUGACAUCGAAAACAUAAUCAUGCAAGAACGAAAUUAUCAAGAAGACGUUGAAGGCGCGUAUUCCACCGAGGCUAGUCAAAUAAGGAACAACAUAAGGGACAAUUUAUUUUAG